AUGCGAGAGGCGGAGACCCGCAGACACACUGCAGCAUCGGAGGAGGAAGGCUCAGCACCACAUCCUACUAAACAACAACCAUGUCAGACUUGUGUGUUGGAAUCAAUGGGUUCGGCCGUAUCGGCCGCCUGGUCCUCAGGGCGUGCCUGCAGAAGGGCAUCAAGGUGACGGCCAUCAACGACCCCUUCAUCGACCUCCAGUACAUGGUCUACAUGUUCAAGUACGACUCCACUCACGGCCGCUACUCUGGGGACGUGCGUGCUGAGGGCGGGAAGCUGGUGGUGGACGACCACGUCAUCUCUGUCUUCCAGUGUAUGAAGCCUGCAGAGAUCCCCUGGGGCAACUGCGGAGCCCUGUACGUGGUGGAGUCGACCGGAGUCUUCCUCAGCAUCGAGAAGGCUUCUGCUCACCUGCAGGGCGGCGCCAAGCGCGUGGUGGUGUCUGCUCCCUCCCCUGACGCCCCCAUGUUCGUGAUGGGCGUCAACGAGGACAAAUACGACCCUUCCAGCAUGACCAUCGUCAGCAACGCCUCCUGCACCACGAACUGCCUGGCGCCCCUGGCCAAGGUCAUCCACGACAACUUCGGCAUCGAUGAGGCGCUCAUGACCACGGUGCACGCCUACACCGCGACCCAGAAGACCGUGGACGGCCCCUCGGCCAAAGCCUGGCGUGACGGCAGAGGUGCCCACCAGAACAUCAUCCCAGCAUCCACUGGGGCUGCCAAGGCUGUGGGCAAGGUCAUCCCUGAGCUCAACGGGAAGCUGACCGGCAUGGCGUUCCGCGUCCCCGUGGCCGACGUGUCCGUGGUCGACCUGACCUGCCGCCUGUCCCGUUCCGCCAGCUAUGCUGAGAUCAAGGAGGCCGUGAAGAAGGCGUCCGAGGGCCCCCUGAAGGGCAUCCUGGGAUACACCGAGGACUCGGUCGUCUCCUCAGACUUCGUUGGAGACACGCACUCCUCCAUCUUCGACGCCGGCGCCGGCAUCUCCCUGAACGACAACUUCGUCAAGCUCAUUUCCUGGUAUGACAAUGAGUUUGGCUACAGCACCCGUGUGGCUGAUCUGCUGACCUACAUGCAUUCCAAGGAGUAAAUCCCCCUGUUGGACUUCACCGAAAGACAGAGGCGCAGGACCAACCCGCUGCACCCCCUCUGCGGCCCGUCCUGGCUGUCUGACUCCCCUGUAGUGCAGCCAUGAGGCCCCACGCCCCCGCCCUGCUCGAGGUGCUGUGCCUCUGAGUUCGUCUGUGUGUCUGAGUGUCCAGUCCUGCCGGCCCGCCUGGGCCAGCUCUAGUCUUGGCUCCGGCUCUAGUUGUCUUUCCAUUUGGGUGUUGCUGUAUUAUUUGGUGUUGAAAAGCAUAAAAUAACAUCUGGUAAUGUCAAUAAAUCUGACUUCUAAACCCAU